CAAUCUAAAAACGUUUUGAUGACAUUAACUAACUGAGUGACACAACCAAAUUUCGAAAUAGCAACUUGUGUAUUGUACUAGUCCAACUAUCAACAGUAAAUUGAGACCCUGGCAGUUCCUUAAAAAAAGUGGUUUGGGGGAGACAUAUCCGCGGGGCUAUCCCGGAUCUACAAGGGUUGCUAUUUGCCAGAGAAUUGGCCUUGUAGCCUAUCAACGAUAAUAUUUUGGGCAUUCUUCGCAGCGUGUCCUCGCCUUCCUUAUUUGUAAAAUGAUAUUACAGGUGUCGACCAUACAGACCACACCCCAGUGGCAAUGAACUCAACUGUCUCGCUGGCACCGGAACGGACUCACUCGAAUACUUCACAGUUCGGAAACACCGAGUCACUGUGUAUGAACGGAUCGGGAAAGGACGAUAGUGACACUUUUUUUUAUGAAUCUCCGGGCUAUUUUAUGGAAUUACACUUUUGGAGAGCUACGGAAUCAUGGAAGCGCGGCCAUUUAUGAAGUCAGUUUUACCUGCGCUAGACUCAUUCACAGUCGACGCAGAUGACACGAGUUUGGCAUUACCACCGGAGGAUAAUACAAAGACUCAUUCAACCGACCGGAGUUUUCGUGUUCAGCAACAAGUGCAGCUCACACUUGCUCGUAAGGGCAAAAAGACAACGUCCAAUGGUAGUCUUCAUCUAUCCAGAAAGCCAUCAAUUAUCACCGGUUCCAGAGAUGGAACCUGGUCUAACAUGAAGACACACUCAUCUUUUGGCCAGGUCGGAGGCAGGGACUUCAGCAGCCUGUCAUCUUUGAAGGAGACUAGAAGAAGUCCGUCUAAGAGGGUGGAUUUGACCCCAGUCACCAGCCCCGAGUUACCUCGCACCCGUCUGGCCUACGGGUCACUCCGUUUCGGAACCUACACCCUCCCCGGCCCUAGCCAGCCGCCCAUGAUGGGGACUUCAGAGGAGCGGUCGUAUGGGACAGACUUGAUGCGGCGUUAUGCCCAUUCAGAAAUGGCCCGUAGCACAAGGACACAAGCCAUCGCUAACGGCGGCAACUACCACUGGGGCCAGUCCCUCAGACAGGCUCGAGGGCCUCAGCCCCUCUCUGCAGACCACUCAUUCCUGUACAGCAGCCCUGCGAUUCGCACCGACAACAGCCCCUACCCGAUGGAGGUUCAAAAGGGGGCGAGGAGACAAACAGGCUACGGGUCAUUUAAUGCUACCCAGAGAACAGAGGGCCUGGCCUGGCUGGGCCAGGUGGGGAAGGAGAGUCAGGGGCAUGUGGGAGCAAAAUGGCCUCCUUCGUAUCCAGCCUCACUGGUCAGCAUGGAGGUGGACAUGGGCCAGAUGAGGGCGGAGCCAGAGAUCCAGCAGACAGACGUGAAGAAAGUCACUGUGGUGAAGCCAGAGAGCAAGGUGCCUGAGCUGACAUUGGAGAGGGCAGUGAACCUGCUGGGCCAAGAGAAUGAGGAGAUGCAGAUCACUGCUGCCAGCUUUAUUCAAAACCAAUGUUUCAACAGCGCUGACGCUAAGAAGAUGGUGUUCUACCUUCACGGUAUACCCAAGCUGAUCAAACUGCUGCAGAGCGACAGCGAGGAGCUGGAGCGCAUAGCGGCGGGGGCGCUCCGAAACGUUGUCUUUGAGAGCAGUGAGAACAAGAUGGAGGUGAAGGACAACAAGGGUGUGGCCCCUGCACUGUGUCUGCUCAGGAGAAGUCGUGACAUAGAGACCCGGCGGCAGCUCACUGGGCUGUUGUGGAACCUAUCCUCUCAUGACCUGCUGAAGGAGCAUCUCUCCAAAGAGGCCCUGGAGAUCCUGACCACUUCUGUGCUGGUGCCCUGCUCAGGCCUGUCUGAGGGGGAGAAUCCCAAAGAUGGCAUGCUGGCUGACCCAGACACCUUUUACAACGCCACUGGCUGCCUCCGAAACAUAAGCUCGACUGGUCCAGAAGGGAGAAAAGCCAUGCGGCAGUGUGAGAACCUUAUUGACUCCCUGGUGUACUACAUCCGCGGGACCAUAGCUGACUACAAGCCUGAUGACAAGUCCACAGAGAACUGUGUGUGCAUCCUACAUAACCUCUCCUACCAGAUGGAGAUGGAGCUUCCACAGAAGUUGGCCGGCGAGCUCCAUGAGUCUCGACUCAACCUGGCUCCAAAGACCAAGACCCCCGGCUGUUUCGGCUCCCGCAGUGCCAAAAUCAUCCAGCGUCUUGAAGCAAAGCGCCCUCUGCUGGAGGAGAAGGGUAGUCCCUGUGGGAUAGAGUGGCUGUGGAGCGCCAUCACAGUGCGCAUGUACCUGUCAAUUAUGGCCCGCAGCAUCUGUCCCUACACCCAGGAGGCUGCCAUCGGAGCCCUGCAGAACAUCACAGCUGGGAACGGCCUGGUAUCCCAGGCCAUCGCCCACACCAUAGUACAGCGGGAGAAUGGUCUACUCCAGGCCAUGAAGAUGCUCCAGGAAGGGGGGAUGGUUGUGAAGAAGACUGCUGUGUCCCUGCUAUGUAACAUCUCACGCUACAGAGAGCUUCACGCUGACAUUGUCAAACAGGUGUUGCCACAGCUGGUGGUCAUGUUACCCAACUCGGACACGAGCACCGACCUGCCUAUAGAGGUGACUGUGUCCCUGUGCCACAUCCUCAUCAACCUGAGCCAGGAUGAGACGCAGCACGUCAGGGCCAUCGUCAACCACGGGGCGCUGCCCAAGAUCAUCAACAUCAGCGCAAAGGACAACGGGUUUGGUCCCACCAGGGCUGGCCAGGCAGCCUGCAUCCUACUACACAGCAUGUGGAGCCACUCAGAGCUCCACAGGGCCUAUAGGAAGGCUGGAUAUAGAAAAGCAGACUUCGUCAACAGCAGGACAUCAAAGGCUGUACAUUAAAUAUGGGACUAAGUGGACGAUCACAAAGCAUUGUGCUGAUUGAGGCAAUAUUGUAGUUUCUCUUCUGUGUGGACUUGGAUGACUCAAUUCACUGCUUUAUAAAAUACUUGUUUUGUGUGUCGACUUCUCCACUAUGUGAGGUGUUACAUUUACGUGUGUGUGUGUGUGUGUGUGUGUGUGUGUGUGUGUCUGUUCCAGUAACAACAAUUGCUGCAAGCUCUUGGCAGCAGACCAAGUUCUCUACAAUGGGGGGAAAAAAUGAUUAAAAACAAAACUGAUGGAGGAUCAGCAAUGACUUGAAUUCCAUUUGAAGGAUUUUGAGGAAGAAAAUGAAUCAGCAUAGAAGUGGGAGACAAGAUGAGGUUAACAUUAUGAUGUAUGUUAGUCUAAUGAAUGACAUAACUGAA